CCAGCCCUAGCAGUCUCGACACUGACCACACUCUCGCAAUGAUGCGAGACUGCCACCUGACAUGGGAUCAGAUACGAAAGCUCAGGCGAUAUUUGACCAAUGCUGGUAUACCAUCAGAAAGGGCUAUGCGAAAUCGACAAGCUACACUUAUUGGAGACAAUCUGGUUGGUACAAUGGAGCUGAUGGUCCAGAGCUCGCGCAAUGCAAUUGGGUUAGAUGGCCUCCGAACCAUUCAAGAGCCUUGUGUAACUGUGCAGAAUCUACACAGCAUGAUAUUGGACUACUUGGACAGGCUUGAAAUGAAUGGUAGCCUCACAUGGCAUGGCGGAAUCAUACCAGCAAACGAGAUCUGGCUGAAAUUCGGUGGAGAUAAGGGAGGGAACUCCUUUAAACUGGACUUUCAGAUUGCCAACACUCAUCACCCUAACUCACAGAACAACACUGUUGUCAUUUGCUGUUUCGAGGCUUCAGACUCUGUCGUCAAUCUUCAACGCCUGGCUGAAAUAAUGCAUCAAAUAUCUGGACUCAAAGACCAGCAUUGGAGGGUAAAGCUUUUCGCUUAUUUGUAUUUGGAGAUUAUGAGUUUCUGGUGAAGAUAUAUGGAAUAUGCGGCUGUAAUGCACGAUACUGCGGUUUGUUCUGCCAUGCCUCAAAGCAACAUAUGCAACUCCCUCCUACUGAUCGUGACCAGCACACAACUCCACGCACAUGCAAGACUCUUCACAAAGACUACCAGGCUUACUUGGCACAUGGAUUAAAGAGAACUCUAGCAAAGGACAUCUCGCAUAGUUGUUGUUGCUAAACCUAUGAUCGACAUCGAAAUUGACCAUGUUGUACUGCCAAGCUUGCAUAUAUCCCUUGGGAUAUAUAAAAAGCUGUACGACAUGCUGGAGAGCCACUGCCACAACCUUGAUGUUAAGAUCUUCAAGCUACGUGUUCAGCAUGCAGAUCCAUCAGAGGCUUGUGAGACCAAUUUUGAUCAGGAGGUCAUUGCAGUGUUCAAGGCCCAGCAGCAGCUCCAGCUUGACAUCGAAAAGAAGAAGGCGAAGCUGGAUGAAAUAGAGGAGGAACUUCCACUGCACAUGCUCUACGGACAGUUGAACGACGACGACGACCAAUCGAAUAACAUGGCGAAACGUGCCUUACAACUGAGGACUGAGAUACAUGAUUUGGAGAACACCACCAUUGAUUUAGCCUUUGGCACUGGAGUGGUUGCUAGCUCACUGGAUGAGGUUCUACAAAAGCAUAAAGUACAGCGACAAGCGUACCAUGGCAAGGCCUUUGUUGGCAAUCAUGUGCACAAGUGUUGUCAGCCCCAAGUCAUAUCAGACCUGACAUCAGCUCCUCGCACAACCAUUGAAUGUAUGGCUUUUGAAGACAUCCCCAUAGCAAAGCACCUUGACCUCAUCCGUGAGUCAGCAACCAUUGGCAGCAAUUUCAACGAAAUAAUGUUGAAAUUUGCCGACAUACACCACUGCAACAGUAUAACAGAUGGAAGCUUGCAUCGCAUUGAUUUAUGCAUUAAAGACUUCAUGGCAGCAUAUCGUCGGUUGUUUCCAGGGGCCAGCAUCACUCCAAAAAUGCAUCUCCUCGAAAACCAUGCAACUGAACAGUUGGGUAGAUUCAGGGUCGGAUUUGGGUUGUUAAAUGAACAGGGAGGGGAGCUUAUCCAUGCACACUUCAACAGGACCAACCGCGCCGUCAGUGGUAUGACAAACAGGCAACAGAGAUUGAUGGCUGUCAUGAAACGUCAUCAUAUUGCUACAACACCGGAGGUCAGGUCGAAACUCAUCAUCUGUAAGAAGCAAAAAAAGGAAGAGUAAAUGAUCACAUACAGUACCACAAAUCUGCAGACAAAUUUAAGGGUGGGGAUUAUGAGCUAUGUUUUCUAAGAAAAGUAAACCUGAUUUUUCGUAAAAAAGGGUACGCUGCAAUCCAACUUCUGUUUCUGUAAAAUUCAAGUGUGUACAAAAAGCCAACUUGGAAUUUUUUUCCUCAUUAACUUUUCAGUAGGUCGAAAAAUAAAAUAGUGCGAAAUAGAUUGGUUUAAUCUGGUUCGUAAAUAAUAAGCAAUGUAGGCCUAUACUACUUACUUGUUUAUCACAACCCUCAGCCUAGAUUUGCAUUUUAUUUCAGCAGGGCCCAAUUUCAUGGCUCUGCUUACCGUAAUCAAAGAGUCUGCGCAUAUGUACGCCUAUACGGAAGCAGGGAAUUCCGCACUCACGUCAAGCGUAUUCCAUGGGUUAGAGCUCGAGCCGGGAAUUUCUGCUUGUGCGCAUGCGUAGUCCACGUUUACUAUUCGGCAGUAGGCAGAGCCAUGAAAUUGGGCCUUGUUCACACAAACAAAUACACUGUUUGCUCUAGACCCAGUAACUAGGG